AGAUAAAAGGCGCAAGUUCGACAGUUGUUAAAAGCAGGGAGAUUGUGGAGAAAGUUUUUUGCUCUGUGAAACGUAGCAAAGAGGGAGAGCUAACAAUUGCUCUUGAUCCGAAUUUGAUUUUCUGAAAAUAAAAUUGAAAAAGAAAAAGAAUACUAUAAAUCUGUGUUUGAAAUGGCGGCUCAGGAAGAACGUGAGGUUCAGAAGAACUACUGGAUUGAACACUCGGCGGAUUUGACCGUGGAGGCUAUGAUGCUGGACUCCAAAGCCGUUGAUCUUGAUAAAGAAGAGCGUCCUGAAGUCCUCUCUCUACUUCCAUCAUACGAAGGAAAAACGGUGUUGGAGCUAGGAGCUGGAAUUGGUAGAUUUACUGGGAUGUUAGCUCUGAAGGCUGGUCAGCUUAUAGCUCUGGACUUCAUUGAAAAUGUAAUAAAGAAGAACGAGGAAGUGAAUGGGCAUCAUGAGAAUGUAAAAUUUAUGUGUGCUGAUGUGGCAUCACCAGACUUGAAAUUUGGUGAUGAAUCAGUGGACUUGAUAUUCUCAAAUUGGUUGCUUAUGUACCUUUCAGAUAACGAGGUGGAAAAAGUGGCAGAAAGGAUGCUUAAAUGGCUGAAGGUUGGUGGCUACCUUUUUUUCAGGGAGUCUUGUUUUCAUCAAUCUGGAGACAGCAAGCGAAAACACAACCCAAGCCAUUAUCGUGAACCCAGAUUUUAUACAAAGGUGUUUAAAAAAUGCCAGGUAGUUGAUGGUUCAGGAAACUCUUUUGAACUCUCGUUGGUUGGCUGCAAGUGCAUUGGAGCAUAUGUGAGAAACAAAAAGAAUCAAAAUCAGAUUUGCUGGAUUUGGCAAAAAGUAUCUUCACAGAAUGACAGGGAUUUCCAGCAGUUCUUGGAUAAUGUUCAAUAUAAAUUGAAUGGAAUUCUUCGUUAUGAGCGCGUCUUUGGACACGGUUUUGUGAGCACAGGAGGAGUUGAAACAACAAAAGAAUUUGUGGCUAAACUGGAUCUGAAGCCUGGCCAGAAAGUUUUAGAUGUUGGCUGUGGCAUCGGGGGAGGUGACUUCUACAUGGCUGAUAAGUUUGAUGUCGACGUUGUUGGAAUUGAUCUCUCUGUAAACAUGAUUUCUUUUGCUAUUGAGCGAGCCAUUGGACUCAAAUACUCAGUUGAAUUUGAAGUUGCUGACUGCACUAAGAAAGAAUAUCCUGACAAUACAUUCGAUGUAAUCUACAGCCGUGAUACAAUUCUACACAUUCAAGACAAACCCGCAUUGUUCAGAUCUUUCUUCAAAUGGUUGAAGCCUGGAGGCAAGGUUCUCAUCAGUGAUUACUGCAAAAGCUCUGGAACUCCAUCAUCAGAAUUUGCAGAGUAUAUCAAGCAGAGAGGAUAUGACCUCCAUGAUGUGAAAGCAUACGGCCAGAUGCUUUGGGAUGCUGGUUUUGUUGAUGUCCUUGUAGAAGAUUGUACCGAUCAGUUCAUAAAAAUUCUGCAGCGGGAACUCGAUACUGUUGAGAAGGACAAGGAUGCAUUCAUCAAUGACUUUUCCCAGGAAGAUUACGAUGAAAUAGUUGGUGGAUGGAAGGCAAAACUGAUUAGGAGUUCGUCAGGUGAGCAGAGAUGGGGCCUUUUUAUUGCCAAGAAAAAAUGAUUUCUAGUCCUCUUUUUGUGUGUGUCGGCUUUGCUUGAUGUACUUUUAUGCUGUGAAUUGAACAAAAAAACACUCAUGGGUGAUUGUUUUUUUAUAGCAUUCUGACUUCUGAACUAAAUUACCAUGUUUUCUCA